AUGGCAGAAAAACCAGCUUCUCCUUCAUGUUUUUUCUUUGCAGCUUCUCUUGUUCUUCUAACCCUUUCUUCUUGUUUGGCAUCACCAACACCACCAUCACCCUCCUGCCUCUCAGGCACACUCUCCAACAUACUCUACCGCAACAACAACGCUUCUUUCCCCACAGUUCUGGAAAACUACAUCCGCAACGCUAGGUGGAACACAACCACAACACCAAAGCCAUUGCUCAUCAUCACACCCCUUCAAGAAUCCGACGUUCAAGCUGCAGUUCUCUGCGCCAAGAGGAUUGGCCUCCAAAUCAGGAUCCGAAGCGGCGGCCAUGACUACGAAGGCCUUUCGUAUGUCUCCCGAUCCCAACAACCCUACUUCGUUCUUGACAUGUCCAAUCUCCGGCAAAUAACCGUCGACAUUGGAAAACAAGUUGCCACGGUUCAAGCCGGAGCCACGCUCGGAGAACUUUACUAUAAUAUAUGGAAAAAUAGCAAAAUCCAUGGCUUCCCUGCUGGAUUGUGCACCACUCUUGGCGUUGGUGGCCACAUAAGCGGAGGAGGCUACGGUGCCAUGUUGAGAAAAUACGGUUUAUCCGUUGAUAACGUAAUCGACGCGAAAAUCGUUGAUGUUAAGGGUAGAAUUCUUGAUAGAAAGGCCAUGGGGGAGGAUCUUUUUUGGGCUAUUAGAGGCGGCGGCGGAGCGAGUUUUGGUGUAGUUUUGUCGUAUACAGUUAAGUUAGUUCCUGUAACUGAAACUGUAACCGUUUUUCGCGUGGAAAGGACGUUGGAACAGAAUGCAACAGAUCUUGCCGUUCAGUGGCAGCAAGUUGCUCCAACCAUUGAUGAUAGGUUUUUCCUUCGGCUUCUCUUGCUCCCUUCCAACAAAACGGUUAAAGCCAGUAUUGUAGCGUUUUUUCUCGGUGGUGCUGACGAGGCAGUUUCGAUAUUGAAGAAGAAGUUUCCUCUUCUUGGACUCGAGAAACAGAAUUGCAUUGAAAUGAGUUGGAUUGAGUCGGCGAUUUGGUUGAAUAAUCCCGAUGAUUACAAGAUCGGUGUUAAGCCGGAGAUUAUUCUGAAUCGGCGUCUCAAUACUGCUGGUUUCCUCAAGAGAAAAUCCGAUUAUGUUCAGGUUCCGAUCUCCAAAGAAGCGUUGGAGGGGAUAGCGAAGAAGAUUAUUGAACUGGGGAAGGUUGCGCUUGUGUUCAAUCCUUACGGCGGGAAGAUGGCUGAGAUUCCGGCUGACGCCACCGCUUUCCCUCACCGUGCCGGGAACUUGUUCAAGAUUCAGUAUUCUGUGAAUUGGAAUGAUUCAUCUCCUGCCGCGGCUGAGAAUUUUGUUAAUGAGACUAGGAGCUUGUAUAGUUACAUGACUCCAUUUGUGUCCAAGAAUCCAAGAAGUGCGUUCUUGAAUUAUAGAGACCUUGACAUUGGAAUCAAUACAUUUGGAAAGAAUUCUUAUGAAGAAGGGAAGGUGUAUGGGGCCAAGUACUUCAAUGGAAACUUUGAGAGGCUGGUGAAGAUUAAGACUGCAGUUGAUCCUGAUAACUUUUUCAGGAAUGAGCAGAGUAUUCCGAUUCUUCCAAACAACCACUAG